AUGAAACGUAAAGCACAAUGUCGAAGGUCAAAUGUGAAGAACGUCACAAGCGUAGGGCAAGCGGUUGGAGCAAGACGUUGUUCUAAGCUAGCUACGCCAACGUUAGCUCAACAUGUAACGCUAUGAUUGCUCUCUGUGCAAUUCCACAUACGUGCGACGAUGGAUGCUCUCCAAAUGCUUAUCGAUGAAGUUGCUCUGGAAGGUUUGGAUGGGAUAACAAUCUCUUCUCUCUGGAUCCGUCUUGAGGACAGAAGUCCCAAGUUCCCUCUAAAGCUAGACCUUGCUACAAAGGAGCUUCUUUGGAAAUCAUUGGUGUGUGAUCCAGAUAUCGAAUUAUACGAAUUGCCAAGGGAAAGGGCGCAACUCAAAUUAUUUGACCGGUUUGCAGAGAUCGACCCAGAAACCGGCAUACAGGAGGUUCGGCGGGCAACGCCAUCUCCAGACAUACCGGAAGACUGUUAUCCUGUCAAAGUCAUUCAGGAAAACGAAGACGGGAUUCAAGGAUCUUGUCCGUUUUUUGAAGAACGGAAAAAUAUUACCAGUCAAGUCAGGACUGUUGACUUUAAACCAUGCAGCUCUCUUGAAGAUGCCAUUGAUAAAUGGGGAGAGAAGCUCGUUAUGGUCGCAUCUCAAAAGGUCCGUUUCAGGACUUUGAUUGGAUGUGAAGGGGAUCCUGACCUUAAAUUGUCAGACCAUUCAUACUGCAUCUUGGAGCGACUGGGCAGGGCAAGAUGGCAGGGAGAGCUCCAAAGAGAUCUACACAGCAGAAUCUUCAAAACAGACGCUGGAAAAAUGCACUACCUGAGGAAGUCUCUGGACAAGAACGGUCUGAUCACCCUCCAGUCUCAUGUAAUCCGAAUGGCAAACGGUGGCCAACAGUAUUCCAUCCUUAUCCUCCUCAAGAGAUUCCAUGUGGACAGGAGGAGCAAGUAUGACAUCCUGAUGGAGAAAACCUCCAACAUAUUGUCUGUAUGCCCAAAAAAUAUUGGUGCGAUGAUCAAACUGCGAGAGCAGCUGUGUGUGUGCGAGCGGACGUUCAAGCGUGUGUACCAGUACAUGAUGGCUGCCAAGCUGGUUCAGAUUGUGUCUGUUCCGCUGGAGGAGCUGAACCCUAAUGCAGGACCAUGUAAAACCAAAAGAGGAACGGAUAUCAUGGUGCGAUGCAUCAAGCUUUUGAGAGAGUAUAGGAAGAAGGAGGUGGAGGAUGAGGACGAAAACGAUGAAGAUGACUGUUAUAGGAACCAGCCUAACUCAGAGGGUCCCAUCAGAGAGCUAGACACACUAGUGCAAGCCUAUGAAAUAAUUGUAAGCAGUGGAACAAAAGGAAUUUCCCAAUCUGCUCUCAGAGGGCACAUGAAUGUGGGGAAGCUUGAAGGACGCAUGAUAUGCCGUCAUCUGGAACGAAACAACAUGAUCAAGGGCUUCAUGGAGGACGAGGGCCGUCAGAGAACCAUCAAGUACAUUAGCAAGAUCUUCGUGGAGCAGAGUGACUUGAAUCGCCAGUUUGUGAAGGAGAAGGCGCGGAGCGAGCAGCUGAGGACGGGCAAGACGGCAGAUGUGAGCGAGGUGGAGGUGUCGCUGUCGCCGCCUGCGGAGGAUGUGUCCAUGGUGGAGGAAGAGCAGAUGUUGUCAGAGCAGCAGCAGCAGCCUACACCAAAAGGCAGCUCAUCUAAAAAACCUUCUAAAAAUUCAAAACAACCUUUCAAAGAGAAGUCCUUAAAGCCAACCCCAUUAAAACAAACCAAACUGGACUUUCCCAUCCUGCAGUCAACACCUAUUAAGCCAUUUACUCCUAAACGAGUGCGUGGAAGCCAGACCAAGCGGGUGGUGCAGGAUGUGGACCAAGGUGACACAAGUCUGGACACAACCUGCAGCCAGAGCGCACACAGCAGUAACGUUAAUGACACCAGCGUGACGAUCGUGGAGCAAGUCAUCGGUCAAAAGGAGUCACGGCUUCUCAAAUCGGGGAAAUGUUCCCAGCGAAUGCCGCAUUCCCAUCAGACAUACCGGCUGCUGAAGCGCAAGAACCUCAUUAUCGAAACCAUCCGCAGCGUCAAACUCAUCGACAGCCUGCACUCGCUGCAGAAGAUGAUCGUGGAGGAGGAGAAGCAGGAUGGAGUGUCUACCAGAUGCUGCAAAAAAUCCAUCAUGAGGCUGCUGAGAAGCCUCUCCAGAGAGGGAAUGCUCAAACUGUUCUGCACCACCAUUAUACAGGAUGGCAUCAGCAAAAAGGUGGAGUUUGUGGUCCAUCCCUCCGUAACCCCAGAUGACCCCUUGGUGAAAAGUGCCAUUGAACAAAUCAGAUUCCGCAUCUCAAGCUCCUAUUCACAACAGAGGAUGAAAGUGCCUCAGGCUAAUGUGGAGGAAGAGAACCAACAAGGGGAUGACACUAAGGGCAAAAAGAAGGGAGCCGGUCCCCAGAAGACGCCUGUGAGCAGAACCAAAGGAAAAGCGCAAGCCAAGGAGAAGUCCUUCAGGCCUUCUAUUGUUCCAGGCCUUGGUCGGUCCCUUGGAUUUCAGCCUAAAAUACCUCGCCUUAAACUGGUGCACUUAUUCCUGUGGUACCUCAUCUAUGGCCAUCCUUUGAGGAGGUCAAGUGCUGAUGAAGAAGGAGAAGAGGGUAAACGGAAUGAAUCAGCCAAUCAGAGUUCAGAAUCUCAGUCGUCCAAUCAGACUGAAGAUAAAGCCUCCACUCCCGAUCCUCAUUUGUCAGGGACGGCAGGCGACAAGGACGGAGCGGUCAGCGAGACCAAAAACGAUCAAAUCAAAGUGUAUGUGGACGAAUUGACAUGGAGAAGGUACAUACCCCCAACGCCCCUGCACAGAGAAUUCAGCUACGGCUGGGCCCUCACCAGCGACAUGCUGCUCUCACUACCUCUCUCCGUCUUUGUCCAGAUCAUCCAAGUCAGCCACCAGGUCGACGGUUUGGAUGCAUUCCUGAGUGACCCUGUGAAGCAGCACUACCUCAUUAGAUUUCUUCCUGGGGAGAUUAAAAAGCAGCUCUUAUACAAAAGGAGGUAUAUAUUUAGCUUUCAUGAGUGUAUGCAACGCUUGUGCUACAUGGGACUAAUGCAGUUUGGACCGAUUGAAAAGUUCCAAGACAAAGAUCAGAUCUUUGUCUAUCUGAGGAAGAAAGCCACCAUUGUGGACACCACCACUUGUGAGCCCCACUAUAAUCUAGCUAUGUCAAGCCGGCCUUUCGAACAUCGCCGUUACGUUUUCGACACCCUGCAAGAUGUGGAGAACUACUGGUUUGACCUGCAGUGUGUCUGCCUUAACACCCCUUUAGGUGUGAUAAGAGGCCCGCGCAGGAGGGGUCAGGCCACUGGCGCGGAGGAGGAAGAAGCGGAACCUGCGGAGCAGAUGCGGCCAGACGAGAAGUACUCGCGGUUGGCGUAUACGCUAAAGGGCAGCGCGGAGGUGACGGACGAUGGGGCGAUUCCCGGGGACGGUAAGGGAGCCGGAGGAUUGGACUCCGCCUUCUUCAGCCACUUGAAGCGGAACUGGAUCUGGAUGAGCUACCUCCUCUGCAAACCUAGAACGCCUGGCAGCUCUUAUGACAGUAACCCUACCCUCAGACUGAACAAUCUCCUGUCCAAGCACCUAUUGCCUCUGUCUAUGCCUAGCGGAAGCAGAACGGACCCCCGGUUGCCAGUGAUGGAGGAAAAGAUCCAGGUCACCGUCGAGUCCAGCGAUAGGAACUCGCGAGUUGCGGGCGGGAAGAAACAGAAGCGCAAGAAGCAGAAGAAGGAACCCGCGAAGCAGGCCAAGAAGAAGAAAAAAGUGGGGAACCCUCCGAAAAAACGGGCGCGCCUCCCUUUCCACGACGAAGCCGACCUGUCCGCCCUCAAGAGGAUGACUCGACAGCGAGUGACUUGGACCGUGCGGGAGGACAGUCUUCUGAUGCUGUGCCGUGUUGCUAGCCACUUUCUCAAUCGCAAGAUUAAGAAGCCCUUCGUCCCCUGGCAAGUGGUGCGAGACCAGCUCCACGCUCAGUUCGAGGAAUCUCUGGACAAGACGUCCCUGUCGGUGGGCCGGCGCUCGCGCUACAUCAUGAAGAACCCCCAGACCUUCCUCAACUUCAAAAUAUGCCUGGCAGAGGUGUACCAAGAUAAAUCUCUCGUUGAGGACUUUCAGAACAGGAGCAACAACUACGAGGACUCAGAGGUGUGCGCCUCUGAGUUCAAGGAGUUUGUCGCCACCCUGAGGCAGAAGUUCAGCACAGAUUCAGGAGACUGUUCUUUUGAAAUCCCCGACAGCAAAGAGGAUCUUUUCAAAAGAUUCAAGGUCUAUGCCAUCGGAGAGGACUCUGAGGAGAACAUGAAGGACACCCUCACCAGCGUUGAAGACAUCCAUUCCCUGGUGCUCAAUAACUUGAUCCAGAGCACCCUGGUGCUGUCCACCAUACAAAUGAAGAGCUGUCGCUCCUUUCAGACCUUCCAUAUAUACAGCAGGUACAAGCAAGAGCUUCUUUACAGGGCCUUUCUGAAGUGUCAGAAGCAAGGCCUUGUGAAUCGUCGCCGCGUUCACAAGAUCUUUGGGCCCAAGAAGUGCCGGGCGCUGCCUUUUCUUCCCAUGUCCUACCAGCUGUCUCAGACCUACUACAGGUGCUUCACCUGGCGCAUCCCUAACACCAUCUGCACCGAGGCCUUCGAGUUCCUGGAAACCCUGCGGAGCUGCGGGAAGGAUGACCGGCCCAACAAGUUCGUAUUUCAGAACCAGGAGACGAGCGAGACCGAGCCAGAGCCUGAGUCGGACAUGGUCCUGUUCCCCCUGGACGGCAGUGGUGGCGCCUGCGUGAUCUGCAUGAGCCUGAUGGUGCUGGGCCUGCUGUCCGUGGAGCUGACCAUCCCUGACCAGAUCGUGGUGGUGGACAGCACCUUGGUGGAGAACGAGUUAAUAAAGAGUGCCGGAAAGGACGUGGCAGAAGAUGACGAGGACGACGACAUGGAGGAGGGCGAAGGGAAGAAGAAGUUUGAGGUGAAUCCCCGUCAGGCCUCCCGCACCAACUACCUGCUGAUGCGGGGCCUCUCCGUCCCGGGAAUCGUCAGCAUGCGCAACCUCAACACCUGUGACAACGUGGUGGUCAACUCCUGCACCAUGAGGGUGAAGCUUCGCAACACCCCUGCCCACGCCCUCUUCAGCUCUGACUGGGACGGCAGCCUCAUAGAUGGCGGGUUGCAGGGGGAGGCCUGCUUGCCCAAGCUUUUCACCUACCUAAUGAGGCGCUCCGGCGACUCCGGCGCCUCGGAGAGCUUCAGCGACCGCUGCGUCAACGCGUACGGCUACAGCGCCGAGGACCUGCGGGCCGCGCUCGACAUCCGCGCCGCCCUGGAAGCCGCCGGGUCCUUCGGCUGCGACAGGCUGGAGCUCAGCCGCAGCUUCUCCGCCCUCGAGGAGGCGCGGGACGGCAGGACCAGAACAUUCCAUCAGUACCUGCAGGACCUAGUGAACCUGGAGGAGAUGCUGGUUGUCGGAGGGAAAACUGUGCGCGUGGUGGCUGUGAAAUAUGCCGACCCCUGGCUAGUGCACACCCAAACUGCCGAGAGGCAGCCUAGCAGGAGCAAGGACCCCUCCUCACAAAAGCUGACGCCCAGGAAGAGGACCCGGCCACAGGGGGGGGAAGAGCAGCCGGCGCCCCCGAGGAAAAGGCCCGCCUUGGAAACGGAGAAGGAAUCGGCUUCCGGAAAAAAGAGGCGUCUCAGUGAAGAGGCGGAGCCAGCGAGCGCUCAUGCACCCAAGGGAAUGGAAUUCUCCGAACAGUCAGCAGGGCCGGAUGCAGAUGCAGGGCCGGAUGCAGAUGCGGGGCCCGACGCAGAUGCGGGGCCCAACACAGAUGCGGGGCACGGGGCCCAAAUGGAGGAUACCGCUAAAGGAGAGGCCCCAACUUGGGAGGGAGGAGAGGGGCCGGACGAAGCGUCACCCCUACCGCCAUCUCCCGUCGGUGAUCCUCCUGCUCAGUCCAGUGAGAGCACGGAUGCAGAGCACACUCAGACUAAAGAUGGAAAUGACAGCCAUGUUGAAAGUGCGUUCGACAAGGUGAGCUUCAUCAGCCGGCCCUGGCGCAUCGUGGACGGGAGCCUGAACAAGCCCGUGUGCAAGGGCAUGCUGGAGUCGCUGCUCUCGCACAUCAUGUCCAAGCCGGGCCUCCCCGAGUCGGCACUGGUGGAGCACUACCGAGGCGUCCUGCAGCCCGUGGUCCUUCUGGACCUUCUGCAGGGUCUGGAGGAGAUGGGGUGCGUGCGGAAGAGGUACAUGAUGGGACGGCCCCGGGCGUCCCUCUUCUCUCCCGCGCGUGCGGCCGAGGUGAAGGAUGAAGGGGUGAAGCUCAGAGACAACGCCACCGCGUUCUACGAGCCCGAGGUGGACUGCUGCCUGAGGCUCAGCAAGGUCUUCCCUCACGAGGCCAACUGGAACAAGUGGGUCCCCUUCAUACACUCCUGAGAACAGGACCACCACCAGGCCAAAACGUGCGCUUUUCUCAUUCCGUUUGAAAUUCCACAGACUAAUUGUAUUUCCUUUGGUAUGUUCUUGUACGACUAUGUGUGUCAUUCUCAGAAUCUUAAUCCCAAUAAACAGGUAAUUAAAGCUUAAA